CCUUGUUUGAAAACACUGUCGUCUUCUGUUGUGUCUUGCAGAUGUUCUGGUGGCUGUCAAUGGUCUCUGGAUUCUGGUGGAAACCUUCAUGUUACGAGAUGGAAUCUUUUCUCGCGACGUCCCCUGGAGUUACAUCAUGUUCCUCACAAUCUAUGGGGUCGAGGUGCUGCUGAAAGUCACCGGCCUGGGACCGAAGGAGUACCUCUCUUCUGGGUGGAAUCUUUUUGAUUUUGCCGUCACCUUGUUUGCGUUUUUGGGUCUCCUGGCACUGGCAUUCGAUAUGGAACCUUUCUACUUCAUUGUUGUGCUGCGGCCUCUGCAGUUGCUGAGGCUGUUUAAAUUGAAGAAACGUUACCGGAAUGUCUUGGAUACAAUGUUUGAGCUUCUUCCUAGGAUGGCCAGCCUCGGCCUAACUUUACUCAUCUUCUACUACUGCUUUGCCAUUGUUGGCAUGGAAUUCUUCUCUGGAAAACUCUACCCAAACUGUUGUAAGUAA